AGUUCCCGUUUUCAAUUGUUGUUGUGAUGGCUAAAAUGUGCUAAAAUCGUUGGUCGUAAAAAUCGGUAGUCGAAUGACAGUGACGUUGUCACGAAUGUCAAAUUAUAAAUUUUUCAUUCAGUGAAAAUAUAUUGUUUCUCCAGUUUGAAGUUUGAUUUUUAACUGAACAAAAUGUUUAAAUAGUUACUAAGAAUUUCAUAUAAUGGCUCUAAAUUACAGAAUUUUAUAUAGGAAUUGUUAUAAUAUUAGAAACCUAAUUAAACCGGUAAAAUGGGAUAUAGGCAAAAAUUACCCCAUUCGAAUUCUUUCAAGUAAAGUUUGUUGCCAUCACAAUUUUGUGAAUAGGCCAUUACUGGAUUUCCAGCAAGUAAGCUUUUCAGUGACGAGACCAUGUACUUCAAUGAACGAUCAAGAGAAACCCAAGCGGGAAGAAGAGAAAAAAGUUGGUUUGAUCCAGAGAUUUAAAGAAAUGUACAGGGAUUACUGGUAUGUGUUACUUCCAGUACACAUGGCGACUUCCGCUGUAUGGUUCGGUAGCUGCUAUUAUACUGUUAGGAGUGGGGUGGACGUCAUUAGUAUUUUAGAGUCCCUAGGAGUCACAGAGACACUCUUAAAACCGCUGAAAGAAUCUGGUGCUGGAUAUUUUGCACUUGCCUUUGCCUUGUAUAAAUUGGUGACACCUUUGCGGUACACAGUUACAGUUGGUGGAACCACUUAUGCUAUUAAGAGAUUAACGGCACUAGGUUGGAUUAAACCAGUUCCAUCUAAAGAGAGGCUGAAAGAAAUGUUACAAGAAAAAAAAGACUUGCUUCAAGAAAAGAAAGAUAAUCUUCAAGACCGUCUGCAUGAGAGUAAACAACAUUAUCAAGCACAGAUACAGGAAAAACGUACACAUAUGAUGGAUGAAAUGAGAAGAUAUAAAGCAGAAAUGCGCGAAAUGAAAAACAAAGUUAAAAAGAUGUAGGUAAUCAAAACAAACAACAGUACAUAAAAUAAGUUCGUAAGAACUUUAGUAUUGAUGUAAAUAGUGAUACUAUUUUGAGCUAUGUUAUUCAUUUUAGUCUUGUGAGAGAGUAGAUAGGAGUUAUUUGUUUGUUGUCUAAACAUAAUCUUGGACAAAAUGUAAAUUAAACUGUUAUUAUAUUUUGGAUUUAUUUAUUGUUUUAAAAAUAUUUAAAUAUAAAAUGUUCCUUAACAAAA